AGCCGGCUUCUCCAUAACCAUAAAUGCGGGAGAAGGAUGCCUGCUGGGAGUAUGGCGACAAACUGGAUGGGAACAGGGUCAGGUGCAGAUUCUGCCACAAGGUUAUAAAUGGUGGAAUAAGCAGGUUCAAGUUUCAUCUGUCUCAAAUUCCAAGCAAAGGUGUCAACCCUUGCAUCAGGGUGACUGAUGAUGUCAGGGCAAAGGUGAUUGCUCUCAUAGAAGCCAAGGAAUCACAGAGGGAGCUCGAGCUACUCAAGAGGAAACGUGUAGCUGAAUUGUCGGUGCUUCCAAAAAGAACACGGGAGCUUUCGUCUCAGCCUUCAUCUCCAGGGCCUUCUACUUCGCCUGCUAUUAUUCCUGCAGUUGAGCCUACUCAGCUCCUUGGUCUUGAAGUGCCUGCUCUGGUGCCGAGAUUAUCUGGUGCUGCAAUCAAGCCGCGUCAGGCUCCAGGGUUGGAAGCAGAGCGGUGCAUAGCCGAGUUCUUUUUCGAGAAUAAGUUGGACUAUAGUAUCGCAGAUUCCAUUUCAUGCAAGCAUAUGCUGGACACACUUGUUGGACAGGGAUUCCGAGGGCCUUCAGCAGAUGUCUUGAGGACAGAGUGGCUUCCGAAGCUUAAGUCUGAGAUUUUGCAGCGAACGGAGGAGAUCGAAAAGGAUUGGGUGACUACAGGCUGUACUAUAUUAGCUGAUUCGUGGACUGACAACAAACUGAAAGCCCUGAUCAACUUCUCUGUGUCGUCUCCGCUAGGGACGUUCUUCCUCAAAACAGUAGAUGCUUCUCCACACAUCAAAAAUCACAGAGGGUUGUACGAUCUCUUUGAUGAAGUGAUUCAGGAAGUUGGUCCAGGCAAUGUUGUUCAGAUUAUCAGUGAUAGGAAUAUAAACUACGGCAAUAUAGAUAAGCUCAUCAUGCAGAACUACAACACCAUUUUUUGGUCUCCUUGCGCUUCUUUUUGUGUAAACUCAAUGUUGGAUGAAUUCUCCAAGAUUGAUUGGGUUAACCAAUGCAUCUGUCAAGCACAAACAAUCACAAGAUUUGUCUACAACAACAAUUGGGUUCUUGAUCUUAUGAGGAAGUGCAUGGAAGGGCAGGAGCUUGUUUGCUCUGGGAUUACAAAGUCUGUUUCAGACUUCCUCACUCUGCAAUCACUGCUGAGGCACAGAUCAAAGCUGAAGCAAAUGUUUCACAGCCCUGAAUAUGUAUCUUCUUCAUAUGCAAAUAGAUCCCUAAGUAUUUCCUGCGUUGAGAUCCUCAAUGAUGAUGAGUUAUGGCGAGCAGUUGAAGAGAUAGCGGCUGUUUCAGAACCUCUGUUGAGAGUCAUGAGGGAUGUCUCAGGAGGCAAGGCAGCUAUUGGUUAUAUAUAUGAGUCUAUGACAAAGGUGAUGGACUCAAUUAGAACAUACUAUAUAAUGGAUGAAGGCAAAUGCAAGUCAUUUCUGGAUAUUGUGGAGCAAAAGUGGCAAGUAGAGCUGCAUUCGCCUCUUCAUUCAGCAGCUGCUUUCCUGAACCCAAGCAUCCAGUAUAAUCCAGACAUCAAAUUUUUAUCUACUAUCAAAGAGGAGUUCUACAAUGUCCUGGAUAAAGUGCUUACAGCCCCAGACCAAAGGCAUGGUAUCACUCUGGAACUGCAUGCUUUCAGCAAGACACAAGGAAUGUUUGCCUCUAACAUUGCUAAAGAGGCCCGCAACAACACCUCCCCAGGUAUUUGGUGGGAGCAAUACGGUGAUUCAGCGCCAGCAUUACAACACGUUGCUGUCAGAAUAGCGAGUCAGGUCUGCAGCACCCUGACCUUCCAAAGGGACUGGAGCAUCAUCCUUCAGAGCCACUGCGAAAAACGCAAUAAGUUAGACAAGGAGGCAUUGGCCGACCAAGCGUAUGUGCACUACAAUCUCACGCUCCACUCCGAGUCCAGAAUGGCUACGAAGAAGAAAGUGGACGGGGAUCCGAUCGCUCUGGACCAUAUCGACAUGACCUCGCCGUGGGUCGAGGAUUCGGAUAGCCCAAACUUCACCCAGUGGCUGGACAGGUUCCCAUCAGCCUUGGAUGGUGGAGACCUGAACACCAGGCAGUUUGGUGGAUCCAUCUUUGGCACUAACGAUAAUCUUUUCAAUUUAUGACAGUUUUCAGUCUGAAGUCUGACAGUUUGCUGGUUCUGUUGUACAAGUGCUCACUGUAUGUCUUCUGAUCUUUAUGUAGUUCAGUCCUCCAUAGACUAGAUUCUAGAUUUAUAUCAAGGUGAACCAUAUAUGUUACUCAUAUUUAGGCUUAAACAUAUCAACCUGGAGUAUGAACGAUGAUUCUGAAAAUUGUGUGGUCAUUUUUUCUCUGAAAAGAUGUUCUGUUCAUGCU